AUGGAAGUCAACCCUGCGCUGUCACACUCUUCUAAUCUCGGUCUCCCGACGGAAGCCUGGCCCUUCCCGGCACUCGAUAGAUGUAUUGAAGACUUGUUAAACUGCAAGCAACUGUCAGAGAGCGACGUGCAGAGUCUGUGCAAGCAGGCCAAGGAGGUAGUACAAGAGGAGUCAAACGUGCAACUAGUUAAAAGUCCGGUCACAGUCUGCGGCGAUAUUCAUGGCCAAUAUCACGACUUAAUAGAAUUGUUCCGUAUCAGUGGAUCAUGUCCAGAUACGAAUUACCUUUUCAUGGGUGAUUACGUCGACCGUGGCUAUCAUUCCAUCGAAUCAGUAUCUCUCCUGAUUGCUCUGAAGAUCCGGUACCCGAAACGCAUCACAAUCCUUCGUGGGAAUCACGAAUCUCGCCAGAUAACCCAAGUCUAUGGCUUCUACGACGAAUGUCUCCGUAAAUACGGCAAUGCCAAUGUCUGGACAUAUUUUACGGAUCUCUUCGACUACCUGCCUAUAACCGCUCUAAUUGAGAACCAAAUCCUCUGUCUACAUGGAGGGCUCAGCCCUUCUAUCGGUAACCUUGAUGACAUUCGCGCAAUAGACCGGGUGCAAGAACCUCCUCAUAGCGGCUCUAUGUGUGAUCUUCUCUGGAGUGACCCGGAUGAAAGAGAGGGGUGGGGCAUAUCUCCUCGUGGAGCAGGGUAUACGUUCGGUCAAGACAUCUCAGAAGCGUUUAACCAUGCAAAUGACUUGAGCCUUGUUGCCAGAGCGCACCAGAUGGUCAUGGACGGUUACCUUUGGUCUCAUGAUAAGCUCGUGGUCACUGUGUUUUCGGCCCCGAACUACUGCUACCGGUGCGGCAAUCAAGCUGCGUUUAUGGAAGUUGACGAUCAUCUCAAUUACAAGUUUAUGCAGUUCGAACCUUCACCGAGAAAUGGCGAGCCUAAGAUACAAAGACGGACACCGGACUAUUUCCUAUAG